AUGGCUGCCACGUCGUGCGCGUCGCGAGUCGUCAUCGCGGGAGAUCGCGGUCUCUCGCGCAGCGUUCCGCCUCGUCCUCCUCACGUCGUCGCGUCGCGCUCUUCGUCCAGAUCCGGCGCGCUGCGGAGUAGUUGGUGGGGAGGAGAGUGCAAGCAGCUAACCACCCCUAUCUCCGCCUCUCCCCGUCGCCAAAUCACCUUCUCCCCCUUCUCCGCCUCCCCCCGCGCAUCCGCGGACUCUCCGCCGACUCCCCCCGCUGCUUCCGCUUCCGCCGACACGAUCCCGCUGCUGACGCCGUACCAGAUGGGCCCCUUCUCCCUCUCGAGCCGCGUCGUGUACGCGCCGAUGACGCGGUGCCGCGCGCUGGGGUACGUUCCGCAACCCGCGGCGGCGAUCUACUACGCGCAGCGCACGGUUCCCGGGCAGCUGAUUAUCUCAGAAGCCACUGCGGUUGCGCAGGAAGGAAUUGGGUACCCGAACGUGCCGGGGAUAUACACGCGAGAGCAGGUGGAGGCGUGGAAGCCGAUUGUGAAAGCCGUGAAGGACAAAGGCGGCGUCUUCUUCUGCCAGCUCUGGCACGGCGGCAGGGCGUCGCACCAGGACUACCAGCCGGGCGGCGCCCUCCCCAUCGCACCAUCCGCCAUCCCCAUUACAUCCGGCGACAAGGUCUAUACGCACACGGGCGCGCACGACUACCCCACGCCGCGCGCCAUGUCUGAAGCGGAUAUCCGCGCAGCUGUCCUGCAGUUCCGCGUGGCGGCGCGCAACGCCAUGGAGGCGGGGUUUGAUGGCGUGGAGCUGCACGGCGCCAAUGGAUACAUCUUUGAGCAGUUCCUCAAGGACAGCAGCAACAAGCGCACGGACCGGUACGGCGGAUCCAUCCCCAACCGCGCGCGCUUCCUGGUCGAAGUCGCAUCGGCCGUGGCAGAGGAAAUCGGGCCACUCCGCCUGGGGGUGCGGCUGUCGCCGUUUGCAGCGCUGCUCUCAGCAGUGGAUUCUACCCCGGUGGCCACAUACGUGCAUGCCACGCAGUGCCUUAAUGAUCUGGGGGUGCUGUAUCUGCACCUUAUAGAGGCGCGGCUCGACCGAGAGGGGGAGGCUAUCGCCGACGGGGAGUCCUUAGAGCCAUUUCGCCGGGCCUUCAGCAGCACGCUCAUCAAAGCAGGCGGACACACGCGCGAGUCUGGAAACGCUGCAAUUGCCAGCGGAGCAGCUGAUUUGAUGGCAUACGGUCGCCUAUUCCUGGGCAAUCCCGACCUGUUACGUCGUUUUACCCUAAAUGCUCCACUGAAUCCAUACGAUAGGGAUACCUUCUACACCUUUGACCAAGAAAAGGGGUACACGGACUACCCUUUCUUGGAAGAGGAGGCCGAGAGAUGA